UCUCCCAUUCCCGUAUAACCCCCCGCAGCCGCCGCCGCUCCUCCCCCUCUCUUCCUCCCUUGGCCAAAUUUUGCGGGAAACGCGACGCCACCCGGAGAAACCCUCCUCCCGCACCUCGCCUCCCCCCUGCCAAAACCCUCGCCCCUCCUCCUCCUCCUACGAUGGCCGCGCCGACGCCUCCGCCCGCCGCCGCUCCCGCCCCCGCCCCCGCCGCGGCGCCAGGACCGACGCCGCCGGCGCAAGUGGUGGGCAACGCCUUCGUGCAGCAGUACUACAACAUCCUCCACCAGUCCCCGGAGCUCGUCUUCCGCUUCUACCAGGAGGCCAGCCGCAUCGGCCGCCCCGCCACCACCGGCGCCGACAUGGACACCGUCACCACCAUGGAGGCGAUUAACGAGAAGAUCAUGUCCAUGGACAUCGCGCGGGCGGAGAUCAGGGGGGUGGACGCGCAGGAGUCGCUAUGUGGCGGUGUGACCGUGCUCGUCACGGGCCACCUCACAGGGAAGGACGACGUCUGCCGCGAGUUCGCGCAGUCCUUCUUCCUUGCGCCGCAGGAGAAGGGUUACUUCGUGCUCAACGACAUACUACGUUAUGUCGGGCAGGGUGAGGCCGACCAGUCAUUGCCGCCACCUCAGCAGCAGCCGCCGGCACCGGAGUUGGAUGCAGUGGUUGCCCCUGCUGCCGCCCUGGCAAAUGGUACUGUUGCCCUUGUGGAGAGUGUGCCUCGCGAGCAGGAGGCUUCGCCGCAGCCAGAGCCGGAUCUCUCUGAGUCUGUUCCUCAUACCAACGAGGAUGAGGAUCCCAAGGAGGAGGUUUACAACCCACCGAAUGACGUGGAAGUGCCUGUUGUGGAGGAAACACCGGUUCCUGAGGUCAUAGAUGAAGUGCCAAAUAAUGUAGCAGCCUCCAUACCGGUUUCGGCUCCCCCUGUACCACAUGACGAGGCCCCUAAGAAGUCGUACGCUUCAAUUGUCAAAGUCAUGAAAGCAGUUCUGCCACCAAAUUCCGCAGUUCCUUACAGGCCUGCACCACCAAAACCGGAGAAGCAAGCUCCUGCUCCUGCCCUGUCUGUGGCUGUUGAUCCUCCAACUUUCAGUCCUAAUCCUGAGAGCAGCAACAUUCAAGACCCAGAAGUUGAUGCGCUUGCGGUGUAUGUCAAAAAUCUGCCCUUACAUGCCACACCUAGCCAAUUAGAAGAGGAGUUCAAAAGAUUUGGUACUAUUAAACAUGAUGGUAUCCAAGUUAGAAGCCACAAGAUUCAAGGGUUCUGCUAUGGCUUCAUAGAGUUUGAGGAUGCCAGCUCAGUUCAAAGUGCACUAGCGGCUUCUCCUGUGACGAUUGAUGACCGACCAUGCCACGUCGAAGAAAAAAGAACUCCUGGUUCACGUGGUAGUAGCAGGGGAAGGUUUCCACCGGGUAGAGGUGGUAAUUUCCGAGGUGAAGGCAUGAGAGGCCGUGGUAGUUACCCUGGAGGGAGAGGCUAUGGAAGGGGCGAGUACAACAACUAUCGAUCUGAUUUUGGAGGCAGAGGCGGUGGUAGAGGCGGCUCAGGUCGUGGAGGUGAUGUUGGCUACCAGCGGGUUGAUCACUCUGGCACCGGUGGGCGUGGUGGUGCCCGGGCAGCUGCAAAGUGAGUUUGGUAGCUAUGCGUUGGUAGAAGUUUGCUAUUUCAUUGUCGUUGAACGUACUAAGAUUCACAAAAAUGGUGUGUCGUGAGCUGGGUUCAUGUGCGGUCGUUGUCAGCGUAUUCAGGUCAUAAAUUGAUGCUCUCCUUGUUUUGUGGCAAGGAAAGCAAUGGUGAUAUUGGUUACUAAUUGUAGAAUAUUACAAUCUAUUCAGAUGCAGUCCUAGUAAGUUUUGGCAUUCUUUUGA